UCUAUGAUGCGUGUGCUGGAGUGGGUCCAUUUGUCUUGCCAGCAAUAAAGAAGGGACGCGCUUCACAUGCAUUGGCUAACGAUCUCAACCCAGAAAGUGUGCGUUGGUUGAAGGAGAAUGCAGUACUCAAUAAGAUUCCUUCUGCGAAGUUGGAAAUCCACAAUCUGGACGCAACCGCUUUCAUUCGCGGUCCUCUGGCGGAACAUCUAACUAAAGAGAUCGGUAAUGCGGAAACGUCAGAAAGCCCGCCGUCAGGAGCCCAUGUGAUGCUGAACCUACCUGGUUUCGCUGUCAAUUUUCUCCCUUCGUUUCGAGGAAUGUUAACUGAACAUUUCCCGGCAGAGUUUUCAUCCACAUUGCCUGUGAAAGUAUACUGCUACCUUUUUGCCA